AUGCUUUCACAACAACAACAUGAACAACCACCACCAUCAUGGGCCCGAUUCCAUACUCCAAUGAUGGCAGUGAUCGGAUCGAAAUUAAUGGACGAUGUAACCAUGGGAUCAAUGAUUGGAAAACUUUUGAAACGUUUGGGUGGAGUGGAUGAGCGAACCCUUGAAAAAUAUGAGAAAGAGUAUUCUGGAGGUGGUUUCAGAUAUUGUGGAUAUUAUCAAAGCUCUAGAACAGACACGUACUUUUCUGGGUUGGGACGAGAUUUUCCUGUGCAGCAUGAUUACUUGUCAGGAUUUAUUCAAGUCAAACAGGAUCCCAAGGGUGACAACAGAAUUGCUUUACUUUAUUCUGGUCACAAGAGAUCACCCAAAACAAUGUUGAAGUUGUGUUUAUUGUCAGAUAUUCGAUUAUUGUUAAUCAACGCUUCCAAUAUUGAUUUAUCUACUGAUUCUGAAGUUAUUGGAGAAUAUAUAAGGUUGUCAGCAGCGUGUGGAAUGAAAAAUUUAAUCAUUGCUGUCAACUGUGAAGCAAGCAAUACCUCCACAAAUAUGACUUCUCAAUUAGAUCAAUUACUCACAACGUUGCAUUCUUUUUUAGAGAAGUGUCGAAUGAAAGCUGACAAUUAUUUCAUUAUUCCUUUUUUACUGAGCAGUGGUGAUGGUCUCAUUGAACCCAUCGAACCACCACAUCCAAAAUUUACAAAAAAAGCACUCGUUCAAGUACUCGUGGAGGUGCGAGAAAAAGUUGUUGCAGAGAUGAAUAAGGUGGAUGUUAAUCAUCAACCCUUGAGAGCAACUGUCAUGCAGGUACACAAAAUUGGUGGAAUUGGAACAGUGGUCGAAUGUAAAGUCUUGUCAGGUAGUAUUCGAGCUUCUGACAAUGUUGAUCUAGUACUUGAUUCGGGAGAAGUUGUGAAAAAACUCGCCAAUUCCAUUGAACAUUUUCAUACAUCCAUACCUAGUGCCUUUCCAGGAGAUUUUUGUGGUAUUAAUUUGAAAGGAGUUGCAGUGAAGAAUCUACAGAAGGGUAUGAUCAUUGGAAAUAGUUCAAACUUGGUGACCUAUUUUGAAGCCAAUAUCGUCGUGCAUAACGCUCCAGAGAAGGGCUUUAGGGUUGGAUGGACACCAACGUUGCACGUGCAUGCAGCUCAUUGCACAUGUCAGAUUGAAGAGAUUAUGUGCAAAUUGGAUGGAAAUAUGAAUCCAAUAGGGCCAAUGGAUGAAUUGAAACGUGGCACACGAGCUCGUGUGAAAAUUCGUCCAUUUUCCAUGUUGCAACUGGAAGAAUAUUCCAAGUGUCCACCACUCGGAAAAAUCGUGUUGGUGAAUUCACACGAAAUCAUUGCUUUUGGUGCUGUUGUUCAUUGCAAACGAGCAUCUUACAGUUUGGAUCAUGAAUUACUUUGUUGA